AUGGCGAGAGGGAGAUCUUUGCAAGGUAUCAUCGAACAUGACGAAUACCGACAAGACUUCUUAGCCACCCCUACAGGUCCCUCCUUUGAGAUGGCUGAGAUGCCUAUUCCUGAGCCUCGUGGACGACAACAAACUCCUCCAGCGCAGCAACAUCAAGAGCCGACCAAGGUGAAGACUGAGCAGAACGUCUUUAAUGAUGAUUUUGACUUCUCAAGCAACAACAGCCCGAUUCCCGUACUAAGUUUGAACAACACCGCUGCUCCAGUUCUGACCUCUGAUCAAGUUAAAUCUGGGAGUAGUUCGCCUACAAGGCUUGCUCUAUCACCACGCCGUAUGUCGAUAUCAGACCUCAACCUCGAACCCGGUAUUGAAGCAUCCAUCGAGGAGACAAAUGUCACCCUAGAUGAUAUUGCUCAAUACAUUGAAGGCCCAGACCCUGUGGAUAACAAGUGGGUUUGCAAGUUCGACGACUGUGACAAGAAAUUCGGUCGGAAAGAGAACAUCAAGUCGCAUGUACAAACUCACCUUGGCGACCGACAGUUCCGUUGCGAUCAUUGUAAGAAGUGUUUCGUCCGAGGUCAUGAUCUCAAACGCCACGCCAAGAUUCACACUGGCACAAAGCCAUAUCCAUGCCUAUGUGGGAACUCUUUCGCGCGUCAUGAUGCUUUAACAAGGCAUCGGCAGCGGGGGAUGUGCAUCGGAGCUUUCGAUGGCGUUGUUAAGAAAGUGAUCAAAAGGGGAAGACCAAGAAAGCAUAGACCAGAUAUGGAUGAUCGCCUCGAGAAGGCAGGCCGGACGCGACAGAAGUUUGCUGAACUACAGGACAGUUAUACCUCAUCGGCUUCUAGCUGCUCGAUGUCCAGCUGGGGUUCACCACCAACUGAGAAUUUUGAGAGUUUAAGCAUCAGAGGGACCUCACCGUACGAAAGCAUGCCUUUGUUUACAGUAGCACCACAUGUUGGAACACUUGAUCCUAUGAUGAGCUUUCCCCCUGACAACUUCUCUUUUACUCCACCAGCAAGUCCUGGCUACUCAACAGGAAACAAACCUAGCCCGACUUACCGGGAGCUUACACCUGCAGAACUGGGAGACAUUGCAGACUUCCAAACCUGCACUUCCGCGCAAAUGCUUCCAGAGCUGCCUGUCAUGGAUCAGGGUUUGCCGCUCAUCAGAAUGGUGAAUGGAUUGUCUCUCCCGGAUUCCGGACACAGCUUACCAAGCUUGUCGCAUUCAAGUUCUUCACCUGCUGCCGAUGUGGUAGUCUUUGAUUUUUCUGAUCUAUCAGCUAGUGGUCUCCCUUCGGCAUCACACACCUCGCAGCUACCCUCGAAGCUUGAAUCCGACAGGAAUGACUUCGAUACCUUCCUCGAUUAUGACUCCUUGGACAUGGGUCUCGAUACCUCAAACCAGGAUUUCUUUGUAAAUAUCUGA